AGCCAUGUCAUUCAAGGUCUCUAAUCAUCGGUUGCUAUUGUCUCACGGAUCCUAACCAGAUAAUCUACACCAGCCAACAUGGCUCAGUCCACUUGUCAGUGACUGCAUUAAAUUGUGCCAUGUUUCGGUCUGGCCAUCCCUAGCUUUCUUCCAAUCUACUCCUAUACCACUGAGUACAAUUGAUUUUGGUCAGUUAUGUAAUUCUACAGUUUAUUAUUAUACAAUAAUUUAUAUGAAAUGUUACUUGGUAUAUUUUUAGCUUUUAUUUCUAGUAUGGUUGAAUUCACAUAUGGUUAGUGAUUUUGAUUACAAGUUAAAAACAAGGAACAUUAUAAAUAGAUAGUUCAAUUUCAUUUAGAUCAUUUUAAUAGUGUUCAGUUAUUAUUCUAACACAGAUAUAUUGGAUCAUAAAAUGAUCAAGCAGUCACUAGAUAGUAAUUUACAUCUUCAACGGAAAUUUAUUUACAAUAUAACAUGACAACUAAUUCAUAUACACAAUGGAUACAUAAUAGUUUAAAUUCCAAAUUGAUUUUAAUACCACUUCAAGAAAUACAUUUCGAAUUUAACAAUUAAUGAACUAUCGAGUAUUAUUAUGAUGAACAUCUAUUUACAUUUGGUUUUAAAAAUUUUGUGGGGAAUUUGAGUGAGUAGUUGAUGCUAUGUGAUGAACAGAUAUAAAUCAAGAAGCCAACAACAACAGCAACAACAACAAAAUCAAGGAAAUAAUGAAUUGUUACAUACAUCUUCUAGUACAUUAUGCUCAUUUAUCUCAGCUACACCUAAUUGGACAAAUGCUGCACUAAUUGGUGAACAUUUAUGGAAUGAUACAACUUCUACGGAAACGUGUUAUGUUGAUGAAUCAGAAUGUACUAAAUCUGGAGCGAAAAGGAAAUGCUCUGUUUGUCAUAUUGUUUGUCAUGUAAAUUGUCUUCCAUUGGUUCAGGUAUCUUGUAGACCAACAUUUCGUGAAGCAUUUAUUCAUGAUUAUCGUACAGAAAAAACUUAUACGACACAUCAUUGGGUUAAACGACGAAAACAAAAUAAAAAAUGCAACCAUUGUGGAAAGUCUUUACAAUCAAUACUGGGAUUUUCAUCUAAAGAAUAUAUAACGAUUCAAUGCACUUGGUGUAAAAUAGGUUAUCAUAAUAAAUCAACUUGUUUUCGUGAAUCAUAUUUCACUGAACCAUGUUCAUUAGGACCAUAUUCAUGUUUAAUUGUUCCACCUGAUUGGAUUAUUAAAUUAACUGAAAGAAAUAAUCACAAAUUAUCCUCCUCCCCAUCAUCAUCAACAUCAACACCAUUAACAUCUAUAUCAAUAUAUCGAUCAAAUAGUUUUGUUACACCUUCAUGUUUAACAAAUUAUAAAUUAAAUUCAUCUUCACUACAUUCUUCAUAUUCUCGUCCAGAUAAUCUGAAUGAUUCAAAUCAAUUAAUUCAGAAUAUAUCAGAACAAUUAACUUCCAUGACAUCCAUAAUAACAAAUGAUGAUGAUGAUAAUAAUAAUAAUAAACAAUCUAUUUCAAUGAGUCAAUCAAAUAUGAUUGAUAUUCAAUUGAAUCUAUCAUUUGUGAUUAAAACAAAUCCAAUCAAUAAUGUUUCUUUAAAACCAUUAUUAGUAUUUCUUAAUCCAAAAUCUGGUGGUAAUCAAGGUAUAAAUUUAUUAAAAAAAUUUCAAUGGUUAUUAAAUCCACGUCAAGUAUUUGAUUUAUCUAAAGGUGGACCAAAAAUGGGUUUAGAAUUGUUCAAUCGUGUACCAAAUCUACGUAUCCUAGUAUGUGGUGGUGAUGGUACAGUUGGUUGGAUAUUUUCUACUAUUGAUUCAAUGAAUUUUAAUACAAUACCACCAGUUGCUGUAUUACCAAUAGGGUUAUAUGAUGAAUCUGUAUCGAAAAUAUUAAACUCCGUUUAUGAAGGUCGUGUUAUUGCGUUAGACAGAUGGCAAGUAAAUAGUGAAGUACAAACAGAUUUUCAAACAAUUCAACAACUAACCGACUAUGAAGAUGAUGAUUCCACAAGAAAUAGACCAAUUUCUGAUACAUUACCCUUGAAAGUUUUCAAUAAUUAUUUUUCUCUUGGUGCAGAUGCUGCAACAGCAUUACAAUUUCAUGAAUCAAGAGAAGCAAAUCCUGAAAAAUUCAAUAGUCGUUUAAAAAAUAAAUUAUUUUACGCUGGACUUGGUGGUAAAGAUCUACUUCGACGAAGUUGGCGUGAUCUAUCAGAACAUAUUACACUUAUUUGUGAUGAUGAAGAUUUAACUCCACUUAUCCGUAGUUUGAAACCACAUUGUAUAUUGUUUCUAAAUAUUCCAAGAUAUGGAUCUGGCACCUUACCAUGGGGUCAGCCAACAGCAGAAUUCCAACCUCAAAGAAUUGAUGAUGGAUAUAUUGAAGUCAUAGGUCUUACAUCGACGUCAUUAGCAACUUUACAAAUAGGUGGACAUGGUGAUCGAAUUUGUCAAUGUCGUCGUGUACAUCUUACAACAGAUAUAGUUAUCCCUAUGCAAAUGGAUGGUGAACCAUGUCGUUUAAUGCCAUCAAAAAUUGAUGUAUUCUGUUCACAUCAAGCAUUAGUCAUACAAAAAUUAACACGUUCACCUAUCUCAGCUGUAACACUUAACGAAGAUGGAAACCAUCUACAAUGGAAAACAAUUGGUGGUUAUGAAACAAGAAUAAAUGUAUUUGUGAUUGCUUUAAAAGAUUAUAAUGAAAUGUCCGAUGAUGUAAUCAGUUUACGUCAAACUGCUGUAUGGAUCGGUAUUAUUACUGCAAAAUAUGAUACAGACUUAUCAACUGUAAGAAAAAUUAUUACUCAAUUAAAUAAAGACAAUGCUCAAGAUAAUUUAUACAAUGAAAACUCUGAAUCCAUAGAAACUAAUCUAAAAAUUCGAGUUCAUUUAUCGGAUUCUUGGGUUUUUAUUGAUUCAACCACUGCAGCUAGUCGAUUUUUUCGUAUUGAUAUAGAACAAGAAAAUGUACAUUUUUUAACGGAUGUUUGUAAUAUGGAAGAUUUAUUUCUUAUUGAUUCUAUAUUAGAAUCGUCUUUAACAAAUAUUAAUAAUAAUCCAAUAGCUAAUUCUUUAAUUGAUCAUCAUGUCUUACUUCCAUUACCAUCUAAUUCAUCAUUACUGCAAGAUGAUAAUGAUAAUAAUCAAUUAAAUCGAUCAGGAGUCAAGGAAAGUUUAACAUAUGAAACAAGUUAUGAAAUCAAAGUUGUUGAACCGGAUGAUGAGGAUCAAUUAAAUAAUAGAUUACAUCCAAUUGACGCAAGUAAUCUUAUAGCGUCCAAUAAUGAGAAUGAGGAUCAUGAUGAUGAUAACUCCAUCGACCACGAUGAUAAUGCUGCUGAUGAUGCUGAUAAUGAUGAAUGUCUUAUUAAAACUCAAUCACAAAAUAACUUCAUUUCCACAAAUAAUACAUCUUUUGAAGAGGAAAUUUUUAGUCCAUCUACAAUAUUACAUCAUUUAGAAAACACCGACGAUAUUUCAUUGAGAUCAGAUAAAAAAUAUUGA